AUGAUUAUCCCCGACGAUUACGACAGCAAGAGAGCGCUCUCUGAGCGCGAGGACCAGAGCGAGUACAAUAGGGACAGUCAUAUGAGCUCUGAGUCUGAUGGCAAGCCCCGUCGAUCUAUUUCCGUUUCUGACUUUCCUCAACCACCCAAUCAUGGAGAACUUGGCCCGCCCCGGUACGAAGAGGCCACUCAAGGCGCGUCAUCCCCCCGACCUCUAGCGGACGUGAAAUCCGAAAUCGAUCCCAGAAGAGAAUCCUUGCAAUCCCAGACUUCUAUGAGCUCGUCGGUACAAGAGGAUGAACCCAGCGCCGAAUUCCGAACAGCCGCCAUGGCAGCGUCUGCUGCUUUCCAGCCCGACGGCCGGUUCCAAGUAUCGAUCGACGUUCCGUCUGGGAGGCUGCCCAAGGAUUAUGCCACACCUAUUAAUGAACCCGGGGUCGAUUUGGUUAAUUUCGUAAAUGCACCACCGAUGAACGUGAAUAUCAUGAUCGUUGGUAGUCGAGGUGAUGUUCAGCCCUACUUGGCAUUAGGCAAACAACUUCGUCGGCAUGGACACACCGUGCGGCUCACUACUCACGAAACCUUCCGUCAGUCUGUCAAGGACGCUGGAUUGCGAUUCUUCAAUAUCGGAGGAAACCCACAUGAGUUGAUGAGUUACAUGGUCCGCAACCCCGGUCUGAUGCCUGGUUUCGAGAGCUUGACAAACGGAGAUAUAACGAGGAAGCAGAUGAUGGUUGCUGAAAUGCUGGAACGGUGCUGGCGCUCCUGUUAUGAGCCUGAUGAUGCCACAGAAGGAAGCCUUAGUUUCGCAGCAGAUGCAAUAAUUUCCAAUCCACCUACAUUUGCGCAUAUCCAUUGUGCAGAGGCGCUAGGAAUUCCGUUGUUAAUGUCUUUCACGAUGCCAUGGUGUCCAACUACGGCCUUCCCCCACCCUCUCGUAAAUGUGCGAAGCAGUCAAGCUGAACCUCGAAUCACGAAUUAUUUGACUUAUGGCUUGGCGGACGCAAUGACUUGGCAGGGUCUGGGCCACACGAUCAAUAAAUUCCGGCGCAAACGUCUAGGUUUACCGUCCCUCUCGGUAUUAUCCGGCUCUGGAAUUAUCGAACGCUGCGGUGUACCAUGGACAUAUUGUAUGUCCCCAGCGUUGGUUCCUAAGCCUCAGGACUGGGUCAAUCAUAUCGAUGUUGUCGGUUUCUAUUUCCUCGACUUGGCAACAGAGUAUACUCCUCCCGACGAUUUAAUCAAGUUCCUUGACGCGGGUGAACCUCCUAUCUAUAUAGGAUUUGGUUCGAUAGUAGUCGAAAAUCCAGUUGAAGUGACCAAAAUCGUCUUGUCGGCGAUUACCGAAUCUGGAGUCCGGGCUGUCAUUUCAGCAGGAUGGGGCAGCCUCGACAAUGCUACUCUUCAAGAUGCCCGAAACCCAAACAUAUUCAUUCUCGGAAACGUCCCGCACGACUGGUUAUUCGAGCGUGUAAGCGCGGUCGUCCAUCACGGCGGAGCAGGGACGGCCGCGAUCGGACUACGAUGUGGUAAACCGACGAUCGUUGUCCCGUUCUUCGGAGACCAGCCGUGGUGGGGAGACCAGGUACAUGCGCGCGGAGCCGGACCAGCGCCUAUCCCGCACAAAAAGCUCACGACUCCUGCGCUCGUGGGCGCGAUCAAGAGUGCAUUGUCCGAUGAGACGAAGGCUGCCGCACAGAGAGUUGGCCAGAUGAUCAGGGCCGAGAAUGGCGUUAAAAAUGGGGUGGAUUCGUUUCAUAAGCAUUUACCCCUGCUCGAUAUGCGGUGUGAUCUGGAUCCCAAGCGAGUAGCCGUCUGGUAUUCUCGUUCGCACAAGUUACGAUUGAGUGCGUUUGCGGCCCAGGUUUUGGCCGAAAAGGGAAUAUUGGAUGUGAACAAACUCGAGCUUCAUCGUCCGCGAGAGUACAUAACCCGUGUCCAACCCUCGGAUCCGAUUUCGGGUACGCUUGGCCCGACUUUGGGUGUAGUAGGAGACGUUCUGGGUGGUGUUGGAGGACUAUUUACUCCCCGUCCCGAAAAGGGAGUGAUCAAACUUGUUAGAGCUGCCCCGGAAGGUGUUCGAGGAAUCCUCGAAGGCCUUCACCAUGGUAUGAAUAAUGCUCCCAAAAUCUACGGAGGUAGCGUCCGCGAUCCCGGGAAGGUUACUGGAUUCAGAAGUGGGAUCAGGGAGGGACGCAAGAGUGUCGCUAUGGGAUUUUAUGAUGGUCUUACAGACAUAGUGAGGGAGCCUGUGGACGGGUUUAAAAAACAUGGAGUAAUCGGUGGCGCAGGAGGUCUCAUCAUUGGCUUAACUAAUGCCGUUGUUAAACCUACUGCUGGAGUGAUAGGAUUGCUUUCUCAACCAGUUGAAGGGACGAUCCAAAGCGUUCGCUCUUCAAUGGCAAAACCCGCCAAAGAACGUCAUGCGACGCGGUACGCUCAGGGCGUUGGGCAUUCAAGAGUAGUAGCGAGGCCGAACGAGAGGCGGUAG